AUGACAACGAUCUAUAUCCACUACUCCAAAUUUAAUAGUUUUGCAAAUUCCUUUGUGUUUACGGUUUACUGUCUCUAUUCAUUCCAAAUGCCAAGGCCGCGUCUAGCAUGCCGAACACCAUGUUUACAUCCGUGCACCCAUACUUACCACCAAUCCCGAUUACCGCUUCUUGAUUCUGGCAUCACCAUGCUACGAUCUUUUUACAUUGUAGCGUUGUUUUCGCUUUUUUCUGCCGUAUGGGCAAACAAGGCUAUGUUCGACAAUGGAUACAACUCACAGGUGUGCUCGGGAAUGUAUUCCAAGCACGACUGGGGAGGAUCUAUACGUCCCCAUAUUGACAUCAAGUUGAAUUAUUUUCGGAAAAAUAUGAAGAUGGGACAUGACAAGGUUGAUGAAAACGAUAUUCAUAUCAGCUAUGUCAUUUUCGAGUACAAAGAUAUUGGAAAUUUGGGGUAUCAUCUUGAUGAUGGAAGAGUAAAAUACAUCUGUGACGACUAUGCUAUAGGCAGAUUGAAGGCUUGUAAUGAGAGUCAGAAAGGCAAGUUUAUCAUCAACAAUAAGGUGACCAACUCUACUAUCAUGACCAACGUUUUGACUCAUAAAGGUCAAGCCCAUAUUAACUACACAAUUGAACGUACUGGUUACUAUUGCGUGAGCACCAUUGCAGCGGAGAAGUUUGAGUAUAGCGGAGUGGUCAAUUUUCAAAACGCUUUCGGCCAGUUGAGUGCUAGUGAAAUCCCCAAGCUUCCUGCCUACGGAAUCUUGACUGUGUGUUAUAUGAUUGCUGUGGCAUUAUACGCUUUCCAGUUUUUCAAAAAGAGAAAGGACAAUCAAAUCUUGCCGCUUCAAAAGUACUUGUUAGCGAUGUUGGGUCUUCUCACAUUCGACACCUUGGUUGUGUGGUCGUACUAUGAUCUCGUCAACAGAUCCAAGAACCCGCUGUCUGGUUUUGUCACCUUCUACAUGAUCUUCCUUUCCUUGUUAAACUCCGCCAAAAUCACCUUCAGUUUCUUCCUUUUGCUUUGUAUUGGUUUGGGGUACGGAGUGGUGGUUCUCAAGUUGGACAAGAAAAUCAUGUUCCGUUGCAAGUUGCUCGCAGGAGCACACUUUGUAGCUACCUUGGUGUACUUGAUUCCAACUUACUACUCCGGUUCGUACGAUACUGUCAACACUUCUGGUGCAGGCGAAGACACAGAUAUCGGUGGAAUUCUUGGAUUGCUUCCUAUGAUCCCCGUUACCAUCACCUUGACCACAUACUAUUUUGCCAUAUUGGUAUCGAUUAGAACCACCACGGCAAAUUUACACCAACAGCGUCAAAUUAUCAAAUUGAAACUUUACGAACAUUUAUUCCGCAUUAUCUUCUUUUCCGUCGUAUUGACGUUUGGUGGGUUGAUCUUGUCUACCAUGGUGUACUUGAGCAUGUCCAGUACUGAAAUGAUCGAGCAACAUUGGAAGUCGGCAUUCUUUUUAUUUGAGUUCUGGCCCAGUGUCGUUUUCUUUGCGGUUUUCAUGGGAAUUUCCUGGCUUUGGAGACCCACCGAGACCAGUUAUAUGUUGGCCAUUUCUCAACAAAUCUCUUCAUACGAAACGGAAAAUGACGACGGACAACCAGGUUAUCACCACCAUGAGUUCGAGCUCGAUGAUAUGUCAUUGAUGAGCCACAGCGAUGAAGAGGGUGUUCGUAAUGAAGAUUUUGAUACAAAUCAGCGUAAAAAUUCAGAAGAAUUACCUACGGAAGUGGAACGGCGAACCAGCAAUACGCUUUUCGAGUUGGGAUCGGAUGAGGAGCACGAAGAUGAUCGCUUGGAUAAUAGCAAGAAUCGUGAUAAAGAUGCAGAAGAGUAG